CCUUUCCCAGUUUGUCAGACAAGACCGGCGAGAGGCCAGCAUACUCCUGCCUUCUACCACCACUUGCUUUCAUUCGACACACGCCUCCUGGGAGCUGCGCAAUGUCGACAACAGACGGAUACUUGGGCGUAACCCAGCCCAUCUCAACGAACGAAUCGAACGAGAGGGAGAAGGAGGUGACUAUCACCCUUAUGGAGGAGCUCAGGAGGCAAGGCACCUUCGAGAGCGAAGAAGAGGCUAGAUCCAGAGAAAUCGUACUCGCUCGCCUGUCAGGGCUAGUCAAGAAGUUCGUGGCAAAAGUCGGUCUUGCUCAUGGAAUGUCCGAGGCUGCGGCCACCGCGUCGGGUGGCAAGAUCUUCACCUUCGGCUCAUAUCGGUUAGGCGUCCACGGACCGGGUUCUGAUAUCGACACACUUUGUGUUGUUCCUAAACACGUCUCAAGAGAAGACUUUUUUGAUGUCUUCGAGGAUAUGCUGAGGGAACACCUGGGAGUACCUGAAGCAUACGUCCCCAUCAUCAAAACCAAGAUUAACGGCAUACCAAUGGACUUGCUUAUGGCCCGGCUAGCCUCGCCAUCAAUACCAGACGAUCUGACACUUCAAGACGACGACCAGCUGCGUAAUCUAGACGAGCGUUGCGUCCGUAGUCUUAACGGGAGAGCCAUUUACUCGAACGUGAAUGGUUUUCUGGGAGGUGUCGCAUGGGCGAUGUUAGUCGCCCGAAUAUGUCAGUUGUAUCCUAAUGCAAUUGCGGGGGCGAUUGUCAGUCGAUUCUUCAUCAUCAUGUACCAAUGGGCGUGGCCGCAACCUGUAUUACUCAAGCAAAUCGAAGAGGGACCGUUACCGGUCCGAGUUUGGAAUCCGAAGGUAUAUCCUGCCGAUAGAGCGCAUCGCAUGCCCAUCAUCACCCCCGCCUAUCCCUCAAUGUGUGCAACCCACAACGUCACAGCUUCAACACAGAUGAUCAUGACUGAGGAGUUCAAGAAAGGCUCCGAAAUUGUCGAUCGAGUGAUCAUCGGAAAGGCGGAUUGGUCGGAACUGUUCGCAAAGCAUGAUUUUUUUCACAAGUACCGGUAUUACCUCCAAAUUGUCGCCUCAACACGUAGCCCGGACCUGCAGAUCAAAUGGUCGGGAACGGUCGAGUCAAGGAUUCGGCAAUUGGUGAUGAAACUAGAAUACGUCGAAUCCUUGACUUUGGCACAUCCUUUCAUCAAAGGAUUUGACCAGGUCUACUACUGUUUAACAGCAGAGGAAGUUCGCGCGGUGGCUCAAGGCGAGAUUCUUGAAGCCGUUACAAAGAGGAAAAAGGAAGACAUCGAGGGCAAGGAGAAUGCUACUGUCGUGUACACUACGACUUUCUACAUCGGACUCGCUAUCGAACCCAAACAACCUGGCUCCAAGGGACCUCGAAAACUGGACAUCUCCUACCCUACCACCGAAUUCACCAAGCUGGUCAAGAUGUGGGAGAAGUACAACGAACCGGAGAUGGGGAUCACCGUCCGUCAUAUUAAAGCCACUGCGCUGCCAGAUUAUGUCUUCGACGAAGGGGAGCGGCAACCUCGGGCCACACUCAAACGACCCAAAAGCGGCAAGGACACGGAUAAGUCGAACGGUACCUCACCGGAUGCACCCAAUAAGAAGCGACGGUUGGUACAGCAUCCCGAGGCCAACGGUCACGCUGACUUGUGGAUGCCACUUGCAACCCACAGUGCAUCAAACUCCGUGUCCGAGCCGGUCGUCCCAACCCCUCAGCCCCUCAAGAUCGGCCAGAAUGGUACCGCCUCUGUCAUCUCAGCAGCCCCGUCAGCUCCAGCCGAGCCAACACCUACGAGCAACGGCAUAUACACAUCAAACGUCAAGGACCCGUCUCAGAUCAAGUCACCGCAACUACCGUUCGGCGAAAACGUCGCUGUGGCUACGGGCAUAACCCCGUCAUAGUAGCCAGUGCGACCCGGACUUACUUUCCUUCCUUUCUGGCGUGUAUUACCAAGUACAUCGAAGACCACCGUCGACGGUCUCAGGAGCCAGGUUUACGUCUUAUUUCGCGUACAGUACCCUUCGCUUUUCCUUGGUUUAUUCAUCUUCGGUUUCGACUUUUGACAGGUUACCGCGCUGGCCUUGUGCGGUCGACUGCUCCGGAAGCUACCCUUCAGGCGUGGUUGGUUCUUCGGGCGCAUUCUGGUCUCUUUCUUGUUGCUGGCGUAGCUUCGCUUGAUGACAUACCUCCUGUAUCCUUCGCAACAAACCAAUAGCUGCUAUGUAUUGUACAACACAAAUCUAUGAGUAGGCGUAUGUCGAGA